CGGGAGCAGAACACCAUGAGUGACCGAGUGGGAGACCUGAGCCCUCAGCAGAAGGAAGGCCUAAUCCAGGUGACCGAGAUGCCUCCUCAGAGGAAAACCUGGCACUGCAUGGUAAAGGGGCUCAUUCUGGGCUGCCUCUUUACAGGGUUUCUACUACUGCUCUACUCCUAUGCUAUUGCUCCCUUGCAAGUCACCAUGGACAAGGUCCCAGCCCGCUGUUCUUCUCCACCCACCUUACCUGCCAACAUCCCCAAAGGCUCUUGCUGGCCCAAGAUGGACAUCGUGUUCAUGAAGACCCACAAGACGGCCAGCAGCACCCUGCUCAACAUCCUCUUCCGCUUCGGCCAGAAGCACAAGCUCAAGUUCGCCUUCCCCAGCGGCUACAACGACUUUAACUACCCGUCCUUCUUCAAGCGCAGCCUGGUGCACAACUACCGGCCGGGCGACUGCUUCAACAUCAUCUGCAACCACAUGCGCUUCCACUAUUCUGAAGUGCAUAGUCUGGUGGCGCCCAACGCCACGUUCAUCACGGUGCUGCGCGACCCGGCCCGGCUCUUCGAGUCGUCCUUCCACUACUUCGGCAUGGUGGUGCCCUUCACGUGGAAGCUCACGGGCCGCGACAAACUGGCCAAGUUCCUGCAGGACCCCACUCGGUAUUACAACCCUCAAGGCUUCAAUGCCUACUAUCUUCACAACCUGCUCUUCUUCGACCUGGGCUAUGACAACGAGCUGGACCCGCGCAGCCCGCAGGUGGCGGAGCACAUCCUGGAGGUGGAGCAGCGCUUCCACCUGGUCAUGCUGCAGGAGUACUUCGACGAGUCCCUGGUGCUGCUCAAGGAGCUCCUGUGCUGGGAGCUCGAGGACAUCCUGUACUUCAAGCUGAACGCGCGCCGGGCCUCGGCCGUGCCCCGGCUGAGCGGCGAGCUCUACCGGCGGGCCACGGCCUGGAACCAGCUGGACGCGCUCCUCUACCGCCACUUCAACGCCAGCUUCUGGCGCAAGGUGGAGGCCUUCGGGCGCGAGCGCAUGGCGCGGGAGGUGGCCUCGCUGCGGCGCGAGAACGAGCGCAUGCGCCGCAUCUGCAUCGAUGGGGAGCAUGCUGUGGAUGCCAAGGACAUUGAGAAACCAUCUUUGCAGCCUUGGCAGGCGAUGGGGGCAAAGACAAUCCUUGGUUACAACCUGAAGAAGGGGAUCAGUCAUCAGUAUGGCCAAUUGUGUCGGAAAAUGGUGACUCCUGAUAUCCAGUACAUGACGGAACUUGGCGUCAACCUGUGGGUCACCAAGUUAUGGUGGUACAUCAGGAAAUUGCUACAUAUUUGA